CCAAACCUAACCUAAAAUAGUUUUUAAUUUUAAAAGUUUUAAGUUUCUUUAUAAUACUUAAUCAUGAACACUCUAAAACAAUUUAUAAUUAAAACUAUAGUUAAUACAGAGUUUUACCAUUUUCGAUUGCUUUUCCGCAAUUGUCCCUCGUAUGUUAUUCAUUCAACCACCUAUAAUUAUAGUACCAGUUGUGAGCUAAUAAAUACAAAAUUUCUCCUAAAAAGAUUGAAGAGUUGCACUUGCAGGAGCUUAGCCACAGAUCAGAAUAGUUCUGGGACAGAAUUAACUAAACGUAAAGAUGAAAUUAAGGCUUAUAUCAGGCUAAAUAAGGAGAAACUCAGAGAUACACAACAACAACUAAAGGAACAAGGAUAUGUUAUUUUGCAGGACUUAAAAGACACUAAAUCAAAAGUUAAGGAAAGAGUGGAGGAAAUAGUAGAGAAGGAAAACAUUUAUACCAUACCAAAUUUUCUAUGCAUAGCGCGAAUGGUGGCAUCACCCUAUUUGGGAUUGCUGAUUAUCCAGGGCAAUUUUGACUUUGCCCUUGGUGUACUUGGAUUUGCUGCUGUUACUGACUUGUUAGAUGGCUGGAUAGCAAGAACAUGGGAAAGUCAAUCCUCAAAGAUGGGAAGUUUCCUAGACCCUAUGGCUGAUAAAAUCUUAAUAGCCACUUUAUUUUUGUCUCUUACAUACGCAGAUUUAAUACCUAUUGCGUUAACUUCUUUAAUAAUUACUAGGGAUUUAUUUUUAGUAAUAGCAGGUUUUGUUAUAAGAUACAAAUCCCUGCCACCUCCAAAGACUUUUGUCAGAUAUUUUGACGCAACACAUGCUACUGCUCAAUUGGCACCAACAUUUAUUAGCAAAGUGAACACAACAGUACAGUUACUGUUAGUUGGCAUCACGCUCGCAGCCCCUGUGUUUGAUUAUGUGAAUCAUCCAGCAUUACAGGGCUUAUGGUAUGCAACAGCUGGAACGACAAUAGCAGCUGCUCUAAGCUAUAUUUUAUCUAAAAACACUUAUAAAAUUCUAAGAAAGGCAAACAAGUAAACUUGUUACAAUAUA